GGGAGCUUCUUCCGGCGUUGGCAACAGUGGCCGGCCCGUCGCCAGAAUGAGCGUUCACAUCACACGGCCAUGGUCGCUAGUUUCUGGUCGCUGCGGCGGACUCCUUCAGCACGGACGUGAUGACUGAACAACGAGACCAAAUCUUGGCCGAUUUUCAGGCCUGCACCGGACUUGAGGAUGUGGGUGAAUGCUUCAUGUUCCUGGAACAGGCCAACUGGAACCUACUGGAUGCGGUACACAAUGCACUGCCUCGGGAGACACAGUCACUGCCAUCCGAAGACGACUCUGUCCAACGAAUUCAGCUCAUCUACCGGGACCGUGCAGUGGCCCUGACGCUUCCACGCCGUGGGCUCACAUGCGGCGAUGUACGGCAACUGAUUGCACAGGAGACCUGUGUCCCACCGUGCCGGCAGGCACUCCUGGGAUGGGACCACGUCACGGACGAGACACCCUUUGUGGCAUCAGAGCUGGCGCCCGGUGGCAGCUUGAUGCUCAGGAACAGCCAGCCGUAUGCAGAAUCAACCGUACCCAGCAGAGGAGGAAACCAAGUAACGCUCCACAUCCGGGACGAAACCUCGGGCAGUGAAUACUCCAUCACUUUCCCUUGCUCCAAGACUGUUCUAGAGCUGAAACAAGAUGUGAGCGACCUGACGUCCAUACCCGUGCGACAUCAGCGGUGGAUAGGUUGGCCGACAGUAACACAACCACCCGACGAGAUGGCACUGUCCCUGGCCAUUGGACGCGCUGACGAACACUGGCUGACCGUGACGAACGUUGGGGGUACGAGCUCAGCAGCGGCAGAGUUGCUGUCGAGCGACAGCAGUAAUGCUGACGAGUUCGAGGAUGCCACCGAGUGCCUGAUUGCAUCUGAAGACACGACGACCACAGCAGCUCUGAUGCCCGAAGGUCUGGAGAACGAGGCAGAAGCGGUGGCACAUUUUUCCAGGGCAUUUGCGCGGCGGUACGGGGAGUGCUCUCCAGCCUUCUUUCAGGGAACGCUGGCACAGGCUAUCGAGGCCUCCUGCUACAAGCCCAUUCGAGAGCGGAAGCCAUUGGUGCUCUACCUCCAUCAAGAACAAGGAGCAGGCUCCUUCUGCGGCCAACUAUUAUGCUCUGAAGCAGUGGUCUCCUACCUGACGCUGAACUUCAUCCUCUGGCCAUGGGACUUGACACUACCCUCUAACCGGGACAGGUUUCUGGAGUCCAUUAGCCGGUCACUAGGGGUCAGUGCGGUCAGUGCAGUUCGCAGCAGUGCCCUCGACUGCCUUCCAGCGCUGGUGGUGCUGUCGCGGAUGCGGGGCUCCCUCGAAGUGCUCUCAUUAAUCCCCGGCAGUGUAGAGCUGGAUGAUCUCAUGACAAGGCUCAUGCAAGUGGUUGAAGUGUUCACCAGCGAGAUGGCCAGCGAGAGCAAGGAAGAGGAAGAGCGGGAAGCUCGAGACCAGGUUCGGAGGGAGCAGGACGCAGCGUACGUGGCUUCCCUCAAGGCCGACCAGGAAAAGGACAAGCAACGGCAGAUGUUGGAGCAGGCGCAAUUGGAGAAGGAGACAGAAGAAGAGCGACAGAAGGCGCUGCAGCGGGACGAAAAGCUCCACCAGGAGGAGCUGCAAAAGGCAAUGCUGGAGUCCCUAGCAGCGCUCGUUCCCGCCGAACCACCCGAGGACGGGUGUGACAAUGAGCCUGUGACCCAUCUACGGGUGCGGCUACCCACGGGCGAGGUGUUGACGCGGCGCUUUCUGGCCAGCUCUCCGCUCAGCCAGCUGAUGCUGUACGUGGCCUCCUGUGGAUACCCCGCGCAACGCUACCGCCUGCUGGCUUCGUGGCCCCGACGAGAUCUGUCGGAGGUGGACGGCAACAAGACCUUGAAAGAGCUUCAGCUGUUCCCGAAAGAGACACUGACGCUUGAAGAACGGCCUUCUGUCAGCCUCGAUUGAAAUUAAACACAUUAUGGCACUGU